AUGAGCUGCACCUCGUACCAUGAUGAUUACAUGUCUCAACCCCCAGAUCUUGAACUAUGGGAAUAUGAUUCACAAUAUGCCCCUACACCAGGAAACUUCCGGAGCCCUUAUGCUACACGGCACGACUGUAGUCCCUCUCCUUCGAUCUCGCUCGAAGAAGAGCCCAACGUCACACGCCGAUCUCAGCCGAAUAAUUUACCUCUUCUCCAGGAAUCUGAGUGGGAUGCGGACAAGAUCUACGACGAGGAUCCGCCGAGCUGUAUCCACUACUUCAUAGAAUGGCGUGUCACCCUCAAUAACAAGGCCGUGGUAAAGGAUACGGAAGAAGACCUGGUAUUGACCCCGAGCGCCUACUGGCCCUUAUUCCUUGAAAAAAAGCUACAAACUGUCCUUGGAGAGAAGGUCAGCCGCAACAAUAGGGUUAGGAUCGAUGACACAGCGAUUGUCGUGGCAGUCAAUGAUCGUUCCCAGCGUGAUUUGACCAAGCGCUUCAACAAGACCGAAAUUGUCUGGGCUCCUAUCGAGAAACAGUUGCGGAUGUGGUCGAGUCAUUUCUGUCGUGGAAAGAGACUCACACUGAGGGUCUGUUUCAACUACGUAGAGGAUUGCACUUCUCCAUCUGCUGGACGGAAGGGGGAGAAGAGAGGUAAAUCUUCCGUCACAAAAAGAAUGCUUGAUGAUCGGGAUGCCCAGCUUGAUGCUGAAGAAAAUGCGUGCGGCCAACAAUCAAUUUGGCGCCGUGUUUAUGACUUGAUGAAAUGUGGUUCGGCUGCAUGCCAUUUGGGUCCCUACUGUUGGCUGGAUCCAAUGGGGAAAAGGCAUUACCGACUCCGCACGCAAACUCUCAGGCGUUUGGUUACUUAUGUCGAGAAAGGUGGUACCUUGGAGACGCAUAAAGACGUUCCGGAUGAGAUCCGGGAUGAGCUCUAUAUGGAGGAACAGCAGAGACAGGAGAAGGAAAAGCGCAAAGGCGGUAACAUUCUUAGGGAUGGAGGGCCGUAUCAACAUAUCAACAUCAAUGUUCACCCAUCCCACUCUACUGGAUUGGCCCCGAUGACCCCGGAUGAUGCCCCGGAAGGGCUGAGAACUGUGACUCCUUUGAAUAUUCCUGGGUUCAAAGACGUAGCUGUCAAAGAAUACGGUGAGUGGCUCGCAUCGAAUGUAUCCGAUGAUACUCUCAAGGCUGGAUUCCGUCAAGCGUGCGAUAUAACGCUUUCAGAUGGCUUCGAACUUCAGCACAUCUUCAAGGAUCAAAACCCAAAUUUCUUCGUCGACAAGGGGAUCAAGCCCGGAAUUGCCCGAAGUUUCGUAGAAAAUAUCCGUGACUGGGUGGAGAACGUGAAGAGGGUGAUACCGAUCGUUGACGUGAUGUGA